AUGCCUCAAAUGGGCACUUUUCCGAUGGUACCUCAUAUGGUGAACUUCGUCGCUACUACCUCCGCCGUCUGUUUUCUCGCCCUCGUUUUAGUCGGGUUACGAAUUUAUACCCGUAUUAUCAUGAGGGCCGGUGUUGGUUGGGAUGAUUGGUUUAUCAUGGUAUCUAUGGCUUUAUGCAUAGGUCUUUUGGCAGUUGAAGGCAUCCUCUGUACUUCAGGGAUUGGAUAUCAUGUCGACGAAGUUCGUGGAAACGAAGUAUUUUUGAUCCAGAUGAUUACCGUCCACGACUUGAUCUUUGUCUUUGCGACUUUAAUGAACGAGUUCAGCAUCUUGUCUUUCUACGAACGUGUCUUCUCGACAAGCAGGAAGCUGCGUAUAAUAAGCAGAAUUUUUAAUGGUUUCUUCGUUAUUUGGGCAAUUGUCAGCAUUACAGAGCUAUUCGUAGUCUGUCAUCCGGAUCUGAGCUCCGAAGGAGAUUCUUGCAAGAGAGGGACAGUGUUGGGAGAAUCGUCGGCACUCACAGUUGUGGGAGAUGUCGUCGUACUCAUACUACCAUUGCCUUCCAUCUGGAAAUUGAAUGCGAAACUACAUACCAAAGUCAAGAUCACCGCGUUAUUGCUGCUCGGAGUUUUCACACUGGCCAUAGCAAUUCUUCGAUACACUUCUGUGCUUCGCCAGGAUUCUAACGAUGUCGACUUUACCAUGAGAACUCAGGACUCUCUUGGAUGGGCAGGUCUCGAACCGAAUCUUGGAAUCUUUUGCGCCAGCCUACCCAUGGUUCAGAAUCUCUUCGCUGAUUGGAAGGAAAGGCUCACGCGCCGCCUUAAACCUAUGAUGAACCCGUUAAGAAAUAACUCCGGUCGAGAAACUAGAACCGUCCGCGGUGGUACGCAAGGGGCUUCCACGCCGUUAGGAGAUAGAAGUGCUCAAUACUCAUGGUAUAUCUCAUCGGGAGGCGAUAGUGUUUAG